AUGUGCCGGAAGUAUACUAAACCAAAGGAAGUCAAAUUUCAGGUAUUUUCAUCGUUCUUUUUGUCAGAUUCACCGUAUCAGCAGCAGCAUCUCAUCAUACGCUUGAACUUCAAACCAUUCUAUCUUCGCGCUCCGCCAUUGGAAAGCAUCAAUCGGAGCACAUCAAAAAUCGAGUAUGCUAUAGAAUGGAAUAUCAGAAAUGCCCGUAAGGGAUUCGAUUCACCUUGCAAAAAAGAUUAUACUACGGCAUAUGCUAAAUUCAAUGCACAAUUGCAAUGGCGAUGCGUUGCGAAAGGAAAUGGUACCGCUAAUAUAAUGGUAAUAGGAAAUUCAGUGGCACAACGAGCAUAUUUAUUGAUUUACGAAAUACUCAAAGGGCGUUUCAAUGAACUCCGACUUUUCGCAAGAAACAAUUGUGCUGCCUUGUCAAACGAGUGCCCCUCUUUUUCGGAAGCGAUGAGAAAGGUAGUGCAACACGAAAAACCAGAUAUUCUCUUCAGCAUGCAUAUCACAUUAGCCGAGCCUUAUGUAAAACCUGUCGAGGAUCUCGAAACGGAUUUGAUUUAUAAUCAGUUUCAAAGCAACGUAAACUUCAUCAGUAACUACACGAAAUAUAUUGUGAUUGACAUGCCUUACUACAAAUAUUCCAAUUUCAAUAGUGGUGCGGUUCUUGCGAGGAGACUCCAGCGUGGUCUUUUUUUAGGUGAUGAGUUUAUUAUAACAUGGCAGCAAUACAUCGAUCAAGCGCAACAUCACAGGAAGCGUAUAAGCUCACUAGUGUGCAACAAAUGCAUCAUCAACGAUGUUGCGGAGGGACUUUUUCAAAAUGGCAUCUUCUUCGCCUACGACCCACGAACUUAUUUUGCAAGAAUUGGAGAUGGGACCCAUUUGACCACAGUCGGUAUCGAGCUUUUACGGCCUUUAUACAAAAGGAUUAUAGAGAAGUUGCUUCAAGAACUAAAUGAAGAAUCGCUGCAUCAAGACAAAGGGAAACAGUGAUGAAAUUCUAUUAGGAUCCGAAAGUUCUGUCGUUUCAUUUUCAAAGAUUUAUAACUUUGCGCUAUUCAAAGGAUUUGCUUGCUUGGAAUUUCAUUACCAAGAACAAGUCUUUCGCUUUCAAACACUACUCUGUGAAACUUCUGUUUCACACUGG